ACAAAACAUGAAAAUAAAUAAAUCCAUCCAAAGCUAGUGGCCAUGUUUCUGCAAAUUCUUCUCCUUGUAGCUCUUUAUUCCAUCACCCUCCACUUAUUCCACAAGUUGAAGAACCAUCCUCCCACCCCUUUUCCCACUUUACCCUUCAUCGGCCACUUUUAUCUACUCCUGAAGAAGCCUCUCCACCGCACGCUGGCCAAAAUCUCCGCCAAACAUGGCCGCGUCCUCCUCCUUCACUUUGGUUCACGUCCCGUUGUGCUCGUCUCAUCGGCAUCGGCGGCCGAGGAGUGCUUUACGAAAAAUGAUAUUAUCUUGGCCAACCGCCCCAAACUUUUAUACGGGAAGCAUAUGGGUUAUAAUUAUACUAGCCUUAUCUGGGAUUCCUACGGCGAAAAUUGGCGGAACUUGAGGCGUAUAUCGGCGAUUCAACUUCUUUCAGGCAACUGUCUCCAGUUGCUUUACGCCACACGCCUCGAUGAACUCCGUUUGCUUCUUCGUAAGCUGUUCAAGGAUCAAGAUCGGACGGUGGAUCUCAAAUCCAGACUCUUCGAGCUGAUGGUCAACUUGAUGAUGCGGAUGAUUGCCGGAAAAAGAUAUUACGGAGACGAUGUCGAGGUCGUCGAGGAAGGGACCCGGUUUCGCGAAAUUAUGAGUGAAUCGUUUCUUUUGGCCGGCGCAUCAAACAUGGGUGAUUAUCUACCGUUGAUGAAGUGGUUGGGAAACACAGAGAGAAGGAUGAUCAACUUAUCUAAAAGAAGAGACACAUUCACACAAGAACUGAUCGAUGAAUGUCGAAUCAACAUGAAAAAUGGCAAGGAAAGUUGUGCAUCCACAGACAAGAAAAAGAACAUGAUUGAAGUCAUGUUGUCGUUGCAAGAACAAGAGCCUGAAAUGUACAAGGAUGAAACUAUUAGAAGUCUCAUGAUAGUGUUACUUCUUGCAGGAACCGAUACAUCCGCAGGCACAUUAGAGUGGGCAAUGUCUCUCCUCUUGAAUCAUCCGCAUGUUCUGAAAAAAGCUCAAGCUGAAAUCGAUACCGUUGUCGGGCAUAACCGACUGAUCGAGGAAUCGGACUUAUCGAAUCUUCCUUAUCUUCAUUGCAUAAUCAACGAGACUUUUCGAAUGAAGCCAGUCGGUCCAUUGUUAGUACCUCAUGAAUCAUCGGAAGAAUGCGUCAUCGGGGGAUACCGUAUACCGCGUGGAACCAUGUUGCUGGUGAACGCAUGGGCCAUACACAACGAUCCCAAUAAUUGGGAGGAGCCUACGAAGUACAAGCCCGAGAGAUUCGUGGGCUUGGAUCCAUCGAACACCGGUUUCAAGCUGAUGCCGUUCGGAGCGGGGAGACGGCGGUGUCCCGGAGAAGGAUUAGCGAUGCGGAUGAUAGGAUUAACAUUGGGGUCACUGAUACAAUGCUUUGAGUGGGAGAGAACAGGAGAAGAGAUGGUGGAUUUAACCGAAGGGCCUGGGCUCACCAUGCCUAAGGCUCAACCUUUGCAGGCUAAGUGUCGACCACGCCAACCCUUUGUUCCUUUGCUUUCCCAAUUAUAGAGUUGUAGAUUCUUUGUUUUCUUAUAUUAUUAAAUAUAUGUAAAUGUAAAAGUCAUA